AUGGGUGACGUUUUCGAAUUCGAUGAGGACAGCCUUGCCUCUGAAUUCAGGGAUAAAGUCAGCAUUAAUAAAGAAGAUGAGGAUUUAAGCACUAUCAACACUCCAGACCUCUCAGAUAAUGAAGGAGAGGGAGUGCAAUUCUUCAAAAAGCACAACUCGAACAAUGUCGUUUCAGUUGGUUCCAUUGGUAAACGUUUAGGAACGUCUUACAAAGUGACAUUGGAUGAAUUUUACGACUCUGAUAAUGCAGAAAGCAGACAAGGAAGUCGUAGGGGUCUUUCUAGCGAAGAAGAGCCAAACGAGGCGGGCAAGCUAAAUGAGAAGAAGAAAACUGGGGUGCAGAAGGAGGCGAAGCGGCAAAAACCGAAAAUACAGGACUUCAAGCAGCUCAAGGUUUUAGGAAAGGGAAGUUAUGGAAAAGUUUUAUUGGUCCGGCAUAAGAAAACGGGUAAGUUGUACGCACAAAAGCAAUUCAGGAAAGCCUCUAUGAUUGUCAAUGCGACAAAUUAUGAGCAGACAUUGACUGAGAGGACGAUCCUAAAAAAGGUGAGACACCCCAACAUCGUGAAAUUGUACUAUGCACUUCAGGAUUUCGAUAAAGUGUACUUGAUCCUCGAAUAUUUGGAUGGAGGAGAGCUUUUCCACUAUCUAAGAGAGGAGAGGAUGCUCUCUGAAAAAGUGGCAUGUUACUACGCGGCAGAAUUGGUGCUUGCACUGCGGCAUUUACACAUAAAUGUGGGUGUUAUAUACAGGGAUCUGAAACCUGAAAAUUGCAUGCUUAACAGUCGCGGCCAUCUAGUUCUCACAGACUUUGGACUCAGCAAGGUUUCAAAUGAGUGCAACUCCAUGUUUGGAACGGCCGAAUACAUGGCGCCGGAAGUGGUGAAGGGAGAAUGCUACGACUCGCAAUGUGAUUGGUGGUCCUUGGGUGCUGUUUUAUACGAUAUGCUAACUGGAACACCACCAUUUAUUGGAAACAAUCAUAAACGAAUCAUGGAUAAAAUCGUGAAGCAAAAAGUCAGGUAUCCAUUUUAUCUUUCGCAGGAUGCAAAUGACUUUCUCAGGAAAUUGCUCAACAAGAAUCCAAGGAAGAGAAUAAACUGCGAUAAGGAGUUUGACAAGGUGAAGAAGCACCGCUUUUUCAGAUAUAUAGAUUGGGAUGCACUUAUCGCACAAGAUGAUGACAAGUUGCCUCCUCCGAUUGUACCAAUAAUCACUAAUCCGGAGGAUGCAGAGAACUUUGAUGAAGAGUUCACUUCGAUGCCCAUUACUCCUCCAAGCUCUCCAAUUGGUGAGUCUCUGUUUGAGAGUAUUGAAGAAAGUAGAUCGACAAGUACCUCCUCAUUUAUUCCGAUUCAAAGGACUGAUCCUAGCGGUAAUAACGAUGUCAAGAAGUCUGUUUACUUCACCAACUUUUCAUAUACGGACGAGAGUGUUCUCCGAUGA